AUGGAACCGUUCUUUGGUGAGGUCGUUAUUAGAGAUGACGGCGGCAAUGGUGGCCUCACGUCAUGGGUUUUUGGAACCCUCAAUUCCAUGAGGGAAGUCACGAUGAGAUCUCUCUGCUACGUGACUUUCCUGCUCAUCUCGUCCAUCAGCAGCGUGCAACUCUCUGCAUCCGUACGCCUCUUGGCCGAAAGUCCACAUGGCCAGCCAGGUGCACCGGCGCCGCUCCCUCCCGGCGGCCUGCCGGGAAACUUCCCGGCUAAUGUCCCCGCGAGCAUGUCAGACAACAUUCCGGGGAACCUCCCUGCUAGCCUGCCAGAGAACAUGCCGAUAAACCUCCCUGCCAACGUGCCACCGGGGGUGCUUGCGAACGUGCCACCGGGGAUGCUAGCCAGUGUACCACCGGAGAUGCUGGCCAACCUCUCCACCACCAUGACGCCGGCGAUGCUGUCCAAGAUCCCGCCGGAGGCGCUGGCCAGCAUCCCGCCAGACAAGCUGCCACCAAACGUGACGCCAGAUAUGUUGGUCACCCUCGCGGCGAUGAAGCAGCAGGAGCAGCAGCAGCCAGGGCAGCCUGCUGCUGGGGCAUCCCAGGGCAACGCAGCGGCGGGCUUGCCGCAGAUCCCCAAGAUGCCCGACUUAUCGGGGCUGACGAACCUCUCUUUCCCGCCGAUGCCUUCGGCGUCCCUGCCGAAGAUGCCGCAAAACCUCUCGCUCUUCGGGUUCGACGUGAAGAUCCCAAAGUUCAUCAACAAGAUGGUAAAGGAGAACACAGAUUCCUGAAGAAAGCAAAGCUUCUUUGUUGAUGGUGCAUGCACGAGCACGACAUGGUUUGAUCCCAAGGCCAAGCUUGCCCUGAGGAGACUUCUCAAUGUUGCUGCCAUGAGUCGUAUCUGUAUUUUCUGAUGAAAGAGUUGCUUGCAUAUUGCCAAAUUCGUACGUUACCACGGGAGCAAGGUGAUUAGAAGAUGUAAAAAUAGGAAUAAAUCGAUAUUGUAUUCGUCUCAGAAAUCCUUUGCAUGCGAUUUUUUUUCUUUCAGAUAA